UGCACGAAAUAAAUGUGCUAUUUUGUACUGGGCUAUUUGUACAUAUUCACCGUGAAACGACAUUGAGGAGAAAUUAUGUCUUUUCUCCGGAUUUCACGGUGUGUAGGGCGUCCAUUAUGUCGGGCAAAGAACAUUAAUAAAAAUAGUAAACGAAAUGGAAUAUGGGAUGCUGAUGCACCUCAGACAUACAGAGAACAACUAACUUAUUUCCCUCCUUGGGUAGUGGUUUUAUGUACCGCAGUUCCCGCCGUUGUCACUACAUAUAUAGGGUAUAACAUGUACCGUCAUCCUCAACAUUAUUUAGGCGAGUUUCCAAAGAUGGAGCCGUCACUAUGGACAGAUGAAGAACUAGGCAUACCUCCAGAUGAUGAAGAUAUUUAUCCCCCAAACUAUAUUCCUUUAAAAGAUCGGAUCCAAUAGAUACAUUUAACCUUUUUUAUAACUAAAUAAUAUUGAUUUUGAAGUACAAUAUAUUUGAAAAAUGUGUGAAUAGAACAUGAACAGCUGUAUAAAAAGAUAACAGAAUACAUGUGGUAUUUGGUUGUUAUGUUCAAUAAAAAAAUAGAAUUGUG